CUUCCGGCGAGGGAAACAUGGCGGCGGCCGUACAAGAUUCACGUGUGAGUGCGGGGAAGAAAAUGAAACAUGCCCUGAAAAAGAAGAAAAAACUGAAAAAGGUAGCCCGCGCCGUAGCGUCGAAGCUGGGAGAUGAAGUGGAAGAUGUUUCCUGGAGCGAAGGCUCUGAGGGAAGCUGCGGAUGGGGAGUGGAUCACUUGUCUGAUGAAGAAGCAGUGGAAGCUGAUAAUGAGGAUAAUGUGGAGCCCUGUGACAAAGAGAUGGAACAUGCUGCAGAAUCCAGUACUGGGACCAACGCGGGCUGGGCGGAUGCCAUGGCUAAAGUCCUUAACAAGAAAACCCCUAAAAGCAAGUCUACUAUUCUCAUCAAAAACAAAGAACUAGAGAAGGAGAAAGAAAAGUUAAAGCAAGAAAGACUAGAGAAAAGAAAACAGCUUGAUAAGAAGAGAGAGUGGGAAAUGAUGUGCAGAGUAAAGCCAGAUGUUGUCAAAGACAAAGAAACAGAAAGAAAUCUUCAGAGAAUUGCAACGAGGGGUGUGGUGCAGCUAUUUAAUGCUGUCCAGAAACAUCAAAAGAAUGUAGAUGAAAAGAUAAAAGAAGCAGGAGGCUCUGUUCGGAAGCAAGCUAAGUUGAUAUCUACUGUUUCCAAGAAGGAUUUCAUUAGUGUUCUGAGAGGAAUGGAUAGGAAUACAAAUGAGAAGAACCCCAAAGCCAAACAGGGUGAAGUGAAGUCAGAAGAGGGCCCGGGUUGGACGAUCCUCCGUGAUGAUUUCAUGAUGGGAGCAUCUAUGAAAGACUGGGACAAGGAGAGCAAUGGCCCAGAGUAACAGCAGACUAGGAUCUGCAAAUGACUCUGAUGCUUAGCAUGGGAAACAAACACACAGUUGUUUUUGUUCCUCAGAAAACUGCUUCAUCUUCUGACAGGGAAUUAUAUAGACACCAUUUGUUUAAACAUUUUUUUAUAAAGAUGAGAAUUUUACCUGCUUUAUUGUUCCUAGUUUACAGGAAGCCUUUGUUUAAAAAUUCUAUUUUCAACCCUUGUAAAGUUGUAUGCAUUUUUUUCCACAGAGCAUUUGUACAAAGUAACAUUUCUGUUUGACCAGAGAUACGCAUUUGUGAGGAUCACUUUGUGUUUAUACAUGUUGAUUAUGUCUGCUGUAGUGUUGCUAAAAAUGCAAUACCAGAACCUAAUUACAGUGAACUCUGAAGUUCAUAUUCCUCUGCCUGUCAAUAUCUGUACUAUAGAGGAAUACUUGGUGUCAUUUUUCUUUUUUUGAUAAACUGUUGAGAAAAUCAAUGUAGUAAAAUUAAUUAUAUUUCUCAUUUGGGAUAUUGCCUUUAAUUAUAGCAGGUAAAUAGGACUUAAGAAACAAAAACUACAUUUAUGUCACUUUCUUUUAUAUGCCAAAUAAUUGUCAACUGGUUUUUGCAUCAAAUUACUGAGUUAGAAAUUCUCAUAUUUAAUUUAUUCAGUGAAUUAGGAUGCAUAUUUAGCAUGUUUUAGUUAGUGACUCUCAUUUUUUCCUCCUCUAAUUAUUGAAUUAGCUUAAGGUCUCUGUUAUGGGCUGCCAGCCAUUGAAGUGAUGGAGUCAUUAAACAAGUAAUCUGCA